GUUAAUGUGCCCUUCCGGCUGUCUUUCGGGCUGUCUUUCAGGGCUGUGACGUGUAGGUGACCAGCCGUGAAGUCGUGGGAGAGGUCCUCUUGCUCUGCUUGUUAUAAGCAGCCAUCGCGUGUGACGCAUGACUUGUUGUCUUGUCUCUCCAUCGGGUAGUGAGUGUGAGAGGUCCGCUGCCAGGAGAGAGCUGGUGUCGUCGUCUCCUGCGGAAGCUCCCCUCGGCACGACGCUCUUGUUCACUGCCUCACCAGCUCUUGCUGCGUUUCGCAAUGGCGUUCGCGAAGAUCCAUGUCGCCAAUCCCAUCGUGGAGAUGGAUGGAGAUGAAAUGACCAGGAUCAUCUGGAAAAUGAUCAAGGACAAGCUCAUAUUCCCAUUUCUCGACUUGGACCUCAAAUACUUUGAUCUCGGAAUUGAACAUCGAGAUGCUACUGACGACAGAGUGACCAUUGAGAGCGCUGAAGCCACGAAGAAGUACAACGUCGCCGUGAAGUGUGCGACUAUUACACCCGAUGAGGCUCGUGUGAAGGAAUACAACUUAAAGUCCAUGUGGAGAAGCCCCAACGGAACCAUCAGAAAUAUCCUCAAUGGUACUGUAUUCCGGGAGCCCAUUCUUUGCAAGAACAUUCCCAAACUUGUCCCAGGAUGGACGAGUCCCAUCUGCAUUGGGAGACACGCCUUUGGUGACCAGUACAAGGCUACUGAUGCCGUUUUUAAAGGCCCAGGAAAACUGAAGAUGGUGUUCGUCCCAGAGAAUGGGGGAGAGACCCAAGAUCUUACAGUUUAUGACUUCGAGGGUGCUGGAGGCGUUGCUCUGACGAUGUACAACACUGAUGAGUCCAUUCGAUCCUUCGCUGAAUCAUCUAUGGCAAUGGCUUAUGAAAAGAAGUGGCCGUUGUAUUUGAGUACAAAGAACACAAUCCUGAAGAAAUACGAUGGAAGAUUCAAAGACAUUUUCCAGGAAGUUUAUGAGCAGGAAGGGUGGAAGGCUAAGUUUGACGCCGCUGGAAUCUGGUAUGAACAUCGUUUGAUUGAUGAUAUGGUAGCAUAUGCUUUGAAGAGUGAGGGAGGUUACGUUUGGGCUUGCAAGAACUACGACGGUGAUGUCCAGAGUGACAUGCUCGCGCAAGGUUUUGGGUCCCUUGGGCUGAUGACAUCAGUACUUGUUUGCCCCGAUGGAAAGACCAUUGAAGCUGAAGCGGCUCAUGGAACUGUUACUCGUCACUACCGCGUGCACCAGAAGGGUGGAGAAACAAGCACCAAUAGUAUCGCCUCUAUUUUUGCGUGGACCCGAGGUCUCAGUCACAGAGGAAAGUUGGACGGUAACGAAAAGUUGGUUGACUUCGCUACGAAGCUCGAACAAGCAUGCGUUGGCACUGUCGAAAAUGGCAAAAUGACCAAGGAUCUAGCUCUUUUGAUUCACGGAUCCAAGCUCUCAAGAGACACAUACUUGAACACAGAAGAGUUCAUUGAUGCAGUUGCUGAGGAGUUGAAGUCGAAGCUCUGAAUAUUGAAUUUCUCUGUGAAUUGUGUGUGCAGAGCAUCCGACACGCGUUGUGAAUGAUUUGAUAGUAAAUACCUUAGAACCCAGUGUAGGGUUACACAAACCCUUUUGUAGGGCUGAGAACGUCAUCGUUCUGUUCACCGCUCUGAGUUCUUUGUCGCUGGCAGGAGUAGUUGUAUUGCUCCUACUCUGCAGCGGUGCAACUGCUACUUUCUUUCGAGUACAUUUGAGUGAUCCUUUGAUAAACUCGCAAUACCGAUCAUCCCAAGCAAAUGUUGGUGAGCUGUGACGAUGUCCAUUAUCUCCUGUUCUUGCAGAGUCGGAGUCACCAGGAAUCGACUUCUGGUCAUCUUUUCUUUCGUUCACCAUAGAACUGGUUUUGAAUCCCUCUCCACUGAAUCUUCAACACAGUUAUGCCAAAUACUGAGCGUUCUGACAGUCCUAUUUUAUAACUGGAUUUGUAGAAAUGGAACUGAAUAUAGUUUUCAUUUUUGUCAUUAAUUGACAACCAUUUGUCACGUUUGAUAAAAUUCAUCAUCACUUUGGGUCA